AUGGCCACCCCGUUCAAUCCAUUCAGUAGCCUGGCCCAAAGAGGAGCGGCGAGCUCUGCAGCUACAGCGAAUCGGGGGAGAGGGACAUCGACUGGACAUGACUCACAAUCCUCUUUGAGAGGGUCUAGUGCAGUUCGCGGCCAAUCCAACUUUACCAGAGGAAGAGGCAGAGGCCAGGCACGUGGCCUGGCCCGUGGUCGAGGCCGGGGUCGGGGCCGGGGUGCCGGCGAUGGCGCUCCAUCGCAAGGCGUACAUUCGAGCUCUACAUCACAGCCUUCGCAGACCCAGAAAGCGAAUUCUCCAUUCAACCAGGUUGGACAAAAAAACUCGGGCUUUAAUCCUUUUACGGCUACAAAUACCCAGCACAGCAACUCACCAUUUGCUGGUCUUCAGAAUGCGCCAGAUACCACUCAACCGGCUACCAAUACUUCGCAGUUUGGAAAGACAAACGCCGUGCUUAACUCAACUAGCAGCGGUGGGCUAGGCCAUGUUCCUUUAGAAAAUGCCACGACUUUGUCUCAAUACCAAGAGCGGUAUGACCAGCUGAAAAUUGAUCGUGCCAAACAGAGGCAGAAGGCCAUAAGGGAUGGCCAAAUGGCCGACCCCAACCAGCCAACCUCAUUGAACAAAGCCAUUACACCCGUGGGCACCUGUACCAGCAUGUGUCCUGAGUUUGAACGUGUUGAGCGUAUCGUACAGAAGAUGUAUGACAAGUGUGAAAGAGUAAAGUCCCUUGUUUCCUCCCAGUUCAUCUGGUUGCUUUACCGCCAUAUACUAACAUUUCACUCCCAGUACCUACAUCCAUCAAGCGGCACUCUGCAAACAAUGGAAACCAAAAUGCUGAAGCGAUUCCGACGCUCGGCUGCUGGAUACGAUGAGCAGCUUCCCUCCGAUAUUCGCACACCAAACACAUUGCUUCAGAGCACCAACUAUUUGAUUCGGCAUAUUAUUGGUGGAACUGAGCCGCUGGGCAUUAUUCACAAAUUCGUGUGGGAUCGCACACGGUCUAUCCGUAACGAUUUCUCUGUCCAGCAAGUCACGCAUGAAACUGAUGUCAAGACCGCUGUCAUUUGUCUGGAGAGGAUUGCUCGAUUCCAUAUCGUGUCAUUACAUCUCCUCUCUAGCCCAGAAAACGAAGAGCCUUUUGACCGCCAUCAGGAACGCGAGCAACUGAAUAACACAAUGCUAUCGCUCAUGUACUAUUAUGACGAUCACCGCGGACGCAUCCACUUCCCGAACGAAGAUGAAUUCCGGGCAUACUACAUCAUAUUCUCUAUUCAUGAUCAGCGACCAGAUUUAGAAGCUCGUGUUUCGAGAUGGCCGACUAACCUAUUAACAUCGCCACGUGUUCAGGUUGCAAUGGAGCUAUAUAGUGCCUCUGGCAACACCUGGGAAUACCAGAGAGCGCUGGAUUCAAGGCGCCCUAAUGCUGUUGCGCAGGGAUUCUAUACACGCUUUUUCAACAUCGUUAACUCGCCUAGUGUGUCCUAUUUAAUGGCAUGCGUCGCUGAAAUUUACUUCAGCCAAGUUCGCCAGACAGCCAUCCGUGCUAUCUGGAAAGCCUACUCCAGACCUCAGCAAUCCAAGAAUGAUGACUGGAAGCUGGAGGAGCUGACAAAGGUUUUGCAUUUUGAUGACGAAGAUGAAACAAGAAAGUUCUGUGAGGACCAGGGCUUGGAAAUCUCAGAGAACGCCAAUCAAGAGUUAUACCUCAAUUGGGGUAACCGCGCUGUUGAUUCCAUUGAAUUCUCGCCGUCUUCCGACCAUGCUUACUCCGAAUCCAAUGUGGAAUCAAAGCGGGGUGGAAGAAACCUGGUCGCCGUUAUUCUAGGAAUGAACAUCAAAGAGGCAGCAAAAAUGGGCCUGGUAGACGAAUCCGAGCUUCCUGAACGUAUGGAAUACUCGCUCAGUGUUCCUGGAAUUCCAGAAUCUUCUGUCCCCAUUGGUAGCGAUGAGGAUAUGAACCCGGCUCCAGUGGUAGAACCCUUUGCCGUACUGGAUAGCGAUCGCUUGACAGAUGAGUCUAGCUCGGGCACCCCUGUUCAUUUUCCAAGCCCUCUGCCCGGUGCAAAUAAACCACUGGGCUUUCAACCAACCGUGCCUGGUCCGCAGACUUCAAACCCUUUCAAAUCCCCUCUGAACCCUUUCGCAUCCCCAUUUGCCACAGCAACCGGGGUUGCUAGUUCAACUACAGCUUCUUCGUCGGCUUUUAACCCCUUUGCAGCUGCUUUGAACUCAGCCCCAUCGCCACCGACCGUUCCUGCGGCACCGCCAUCGCCUUUCUCGUUCAGCAAAUCAGCGGAAGAACAGAAGCCAAAUAUUGGGCAGACACCUUCAAUUUUUGCUGGCAAGAGCGCCCUUAAGCCCUCACCCGAGCCGUCAACUACUGCCCCAAAUCCAUUUGCAGCAUCUCUAUCCUCAUUUACGGCUUCCCAGUCACCAGACUCUACCCCUCAGGCGGAUUUCCCUUCCCCAUUCACACAACAGCAAUCCACUUCAUUGUUAUCUACUGCCAAGUCCUCUUUCCCCUCAACCGACUUCAAGAAUAACAAUUCUGCGGAGGUUUCUGCUUCUCAGUCUACGUCAUCCUUUUCAGCGCCAAAUCCUUUCUUUCCCUCUGCAAGUAUCGGGGACAUUGGCAAUGCGAAAGGUCCCACCCCCGCCUCAACUUCACCCUUCAAUUUCGCCAAUCCUGCACAACAAUCACAGCAGCCUUCCAAAUUCCCCUCAUUUGUCCCAGAUCCGCUUCCUCAAAAAAGCCCAUCACCACCAAUCCCUUCGAGUGAUCCGGAAGAUAAGCCAAAGAGCAUUUUUGCCAAUACGAAUGGAUUGGCCAAGGCAGGCAAUCUCUUCUCCAAUGUUCCUUCAUCGGAAAAGCAUACAUUCGGACAGGAACAGGCUCGAGUAGCACCGUCUCAAGGGGACCGCCAUAAUCAGGCUACUGAAAACUCUUCAUCGGCUUCUGGCCUAUUUGCUCCGGCAUCAAAACUUACUUCACAACCUUUGAACUCCAUCUUCUCAUCUCCAAAAUCGACUGAGCCAAUGGGACAGGAGCCCCGGGCAGCCGAAAACCCUCUUUUUACACGAUCGCAAAAUCCGCCAUCCAUAUUUGCUCCCAAUGCCUCUGCCAAUGACCUUUCUGUUAAGGACAAGAUCCAACAGCAAAAGCCAGUACCUCUAACAGCAGCGACUGAGCAAACUCCGCCGGAAUCUGAGAAAUCUGAUACCCUGCUAGCUUCUUCUCUUUCGCCUCCGGAGCCAUCUAUCAAGCGUAAAUUUGAAGAUGGACCCCCUGUUCACGGAACAUCGGAGGAUGAGAAAGUUGCUUGGAGAGCCCUUCUCAUGCGAAUCUCAGAGAAGCAAGCUCGCAAGAAGGCGCGUAAAUUGGAAGAGGAACAGCGACUAGAAAGGGAGCUCGAACAAGAGGAGAGUAGGAAGAGAGCGCUGGAAGAAGAGGCUGCCGACGAGCUGUCGGAUGGACGAGAGUCAAAAACCCUAAAGGUAUCCGACCUGGUGGACAAUCCGGAACCCGCGAAAAAUUUCUCUUUUCAUGAAGCGGAAACUCGACCUCUGCCCAGACUACCCUGUCUGGAUCAUUUCGAUGCAUCUUUCAAUAACAGAGAACCAACCGCCGCCGAGAUUGAGGCGAUUGAAGCGGCAGGACGCGCCCGUCGCCAACGUGCGUUUGAUGAAGAUGAAAUUCUUCUUUCGGCAGCUCGCAUUGCGGCCGAGCAACUAAAGAAUGGGCCUAAGAUCUUUGAUCCGCACCCUUCUGAGUACACUGCCGGGCACUCCUUAUCGCAUCAUCCUCAUAGGAGCUUUUCGGGUCCCAAUCCACUUUCUCAGAGCAUGUCGAUGCCUCCGCCGCGUCCGAGCCAUGGGUAUAAGGUUGCUUAUGCUCCUGACAAGCCCAUAGGUCUCGGUCGGACGAUGUCGCGUUCUGAAGAGAGAAUCCGACGAACCGGAGCCCAUGGGCUGGCUUAUAUUCCUCUUGACUUUAGUCGUCGCAAGAGUGUCGACAAGAGCAAAAGCCCGGACGAGAGGGACAAUUUCUCGCGAACCAACUAA